CCAGCAUAGAAUAAUUCGACCAGCAGAGGCUCAUCUUCGCCGGUAAACAAUUGGAGGACGGUCGUACCCUCGCCGACUACAACAUCCAGAAAGAGUCAACGCUCCACCUCGUGUUGAGACUCCGUGGAGGCAUGCAGAUCUUUGUCAAAACCCUAACGGGAAAGAUGAUCACCUUGGAGGUAGAGAGCUCCGAUACCAUCGAUAAUGUCAAGGCCAAGAUCCAAGACAAGGAAGGGAUCCCUCCGGACCAGCAGAGGCUCAUCUUCGCCGGAAAACAGUUAGAGGACGGUCGCACCCUCGCCGAUUAUAAUAUUCAGAAGGAAUCGACUCUGCAUUUGGUGUUGAGGCUCCGUGGAGGUAUGCAGAUAUUCGUGAAGACUCUGACUGGGAAGACGAUUACUCUGGAGGUGGAGAGUUCUGAUACGAUCGAUAAUGUGAAGGCGAAGAUUCAGGAUAAGGAGGGAAUCCCUCCGGAUCAGCAGAGGUUGAUCUUUGCUGGUAAGCAAUUGGAGGAUGGGCGGACUCUAGCUGAUUAUAACAUUCAGAAGGAGUCCAUUCUUCACCUUGUUCUUCGACUUCGCGGUGGCCAGUAAAAGACUUUCUCUGAAAGAAGAAGGUUUAAUGUGUUUGAAUUGUGGCUUUCUUAAUAAGUGUUGUUGUUGAAAGUUAUUUUAAGAACUCUGUGUUGUGGUUUCAUCAAUGUAUUUAUAAUAUCUAAUUUAAAUAAUAGUACCUUUGUUUGUUCAAA